CUAGCGUCCAAGGUACAAAAGUAAUAAGUUAAAAAAAAAAAAACGCGUACUUAAGACAAACUGGCAGACUAAGCUCGAUAAUUUGUCUUUUAAAUCUUUCGUAGUUCUUUUCGACUUCCCUGGCCUUUUUUCCCCUUCGACAGAAUGGCAGAACCACAACGACUCUGUGACCUGCUACCUGAAGAUAUUGCUUCUGAUGACUGCCUGACUUCAUAUACUCAUAUCUACAGCCCAGAUUUGCUCAAAGAUCAGGUCGCAUUUAUCACAGGUGGUGGAUCAGGAAUUGGCCUCCGGAUAGCAGAGAUUUUCAUGAGACAUGGCUGUGACACGGUGAUCGCCAGCAGGAACAAAGACAAGCUCACUGAGGCGGCGAAGAAGCUUUCCGCCGUUUCUGGACGACGCUGCCUUCCGUUGUGCUUGGAUGUGAGGCAACCUGAGAGCAUUUCAGCGGCUGUGGAUGAGACUCUCAAAGAAAUGGGCCGCAUAGACAUUCUUGUUAACAAUGCUGCCGGAAACUUCCUGUGUCCUGCCUCUGCUCUUUCCUUCAAUGCCUUCAAGACGGUUCUGGAGAUAGACACCAUGGGAACCUUCAACACCAGCAAAGUUGUUUAUGAGAAGUGGUUCAAGGAUCAUGGAGGCAACAUUGUCAACAUCUCUGCAACACUUGGCUACAGGGGACAAGCGCUGCAGGUGCAUGCAGGAUCUGCCAAGGCUGCAAACGAUGCCAUGACCAGGCAUUUGGCUGUGGAGUGGGGGCCCAGUGGGGUGAGGGUGAACGCCGUGGCCCCUGGUCCUAUCUCUGGCACAGAGGGAUUCCGUAGACUGGGUGGUCCUAGUGGGGAGACCGCCGGUCUGUUCCAGUUCAUUCCUUUGCAGCGAUCAGGCAACAAAACCGAGAUGGCCCACUGCACACUUUUCCUAGCCAGCCGGGCCUCGUCCUACGUGACCGGAGCCAUUUUGGUGGCUGACGGCGGCUCGUGGCUGAGUUCAGCCAACGACGUCUCCAGGCUGAUGGGUAUAGCCUCCUCUAAAUCUGCUAAACUCUGAGCCGGGGUUCUACUGUCCUCCUCCUGACCCAGGUUAUUGGUCAUCUGAAAAGAGAGACAAAUAAAACCAAAACAGUAACACUACCCCAACGCCCGCAGUAUUUGAUUCAGGCUACCAAAUUGGAGACUGAUAUACAUUAGUAUUUGUGCUUAAUAUUGUCAGUAUUAUACUGCAAAUAAACCUAUUUUAAAGAAAUACAUUCACAUUUUCUUCAACUUUAAUAUGCAGAUUUAACAUCCUCAAUAUUAAUCCCAGCAUUUGUCAUGCAACACUUUUAACCUUUAUUGUGUUACUAUGCAUUCCAUGUACACUUGUGUUCACAUUGCAUCAUGUCAUGUUCAGCUGCUUAAUAAAAACUAAAAAUAUAUUUAA